CUCGCUCCCGCCGCCGCCGUCUUUCUCUGUCUCGGCUGAGGCAGCCAUCUUGCUCUUGCCGCGUGCUGGUGUUGGAGGACCCUCCCUGCUUCAGAUUUACCAACAGCAUGAAUCAAGAAAAGUUAGCCAAACUUCAGGCUCAGGUCCGGAUAGGGGGCAAGGGCACGGCUCGCAGAAAGAAGAAGGUGGUACAUAGAACAGCUACAGCUGAUGACAAAAAGCUUCAGAGUUCUCUAAAAAAACUGGCUGUGAAUAAUAUAGCUGGUAUUGAAGAGGUGAACAUGAUUAAAGAUGAUGGGACAGUUAUUCAUUUCAACAAUCCCAAAGUCCAAGCUUCCCUGUCUGCUAAUACCUUCGCAAUUACUGGUCAUGCAGAAGCCAAACCAAUCACAGAAAUGCUUCCUGGAAUAUUAAGUCAGCUUGGUGCCGACAGCUUAACAAGUCUUAGAAAGUUAGCUGAACAGUUCCCACGGCAAGUGUUGGACAGUAAAGCACCAAAACCAGAAGACAUUGAUGAAGAGGAUGACGAUGUUCCAGAUCUCGUAGAAAAUUUUGAUGAAGCAUCAAAGAAUGAAGCUAACUAAAAUUUUUUUUUGGUAUUUUGAAGCUGGCAUGGACUAGAUUUAAUAAAUCAGCUAUGUGGUUCCAAAGUUUUACAGACACAGAGAACAUCACCUGUUACUAGUUCAGUAAUAUAAAUAUUUUGUAUAUUAAUAAUGCUGUUUGUUCAGCAUUUUUCGGUCAUUUGAUUUUGCAUUUUGCACUUCUUCCCAGGAUCUAUUCUUUUGGUCAAAAUAUGAAGUAUUGGUGCAGUUUGAGGGUGUUUUGGUUUUUACUUCUUGUUUUUUUUGUUUUGUUUUUGGGGGGUAUUUUUGAUGUAUGUAUGUAUAUGUAUGCGUGUGAGUAUGUGUGUAUACAGUGGAGAGCAAAUUGGAAAAACAGUUCUAUUUAUCCUUUUCCUUCCCCCAGUAGAAAUAAAACAAUUCUUUACA